AUGCCUCGCCCCUAUUGGGUUGGAUGCGUGUUCAUGUGUUGCCUUGUUGUUGCCGUGUUGCCGUGCCGUGUUCCCUUGUGCCUGAGCAGUGCAGCAGGAGGAGUGGGAGUGGGCAGCACAGACUCGCUUUCAGCUUAUGAGAAUCAGUUUACCACUGACAGGACUCUUGCUGCUGCCGGGCUGAUUCGUUUGGAGCGCAUGCUUAAGACGAGGAUAGCUACAGUGGAGGCGAUGCUGAAGAGCUUACAGCAUGAGAGGGAGGGAAUGGGAGAAGGGAGGGAGGUAUCUGAGGAAAAGGAGGAGGGAGAAGGGGAGAGGGAGGGGAGAGGUGGGAAGGAGGAUGAGGAGGAUGACUUACCAUCGUGGGUGGAUACAGCUGGCGCUGCCGCUGCUGCCGGUGCUGCUAGUGGGAGCAGGGCCAGCAGCGUGGGGGGAAGUGAAGCAGGGAGAGAGUUGGUGGUGGAAGGGGACGAGUGGGAUGAAUCAAGAGCAAAGGUUGAGGGAGGCAAGGCGGCUGAGAGUGGACAGGUGCCCACCACCACCCAACUCAACCCCUCCCACAACAUCCCCUCCUUCCCUCCUCGCUCACCCACCACUACCCUCCCUCCCCACCUCUCCCUACUCCUCACUCGCCUCACUCCCUCCCACCUACCCCCCAUCUGUCGCACAGACCCGACAACCCACUCCCCCUCCCCCAUCUCCGCCUCUCUCUUCCCCCCUCCCCCCCGCCUCAUUCCCUGGAACCCCCACCCCCACCGCUACCUGCUUGCUACUUGCACUCACGGUCGCACCUCCAACCACCUGCUCUGCAUACGACGCCUUCAUCUUUCUCCCAUCUCCGUCUCUCCCCUCACGUCCCACCCCUGCCGCUACCUGCUUGCCACGUGCACGCAUGGCCGCACCUCCAACCACCUGCUCUGCAAGGUGGGUAGACCGUACCUGGCAUUCGCAGCGCUGCUCAACCGCUCCCUUCUGCUGCCAGUUGUGCCUCCCACCUCUGCUGCUGCUUCUUUUUCUCAGCACAAGGGGGCAUCCACCUCGCCGCACUCACUCCCUGACACAUCUGUCAGUGGCUUACCCCUCUCGAGAGUGCAGAGCCACACUCGCAGGCGGCUUGUGGGUGGAAAGAGAAGGGAGGAGGAAGAGGAAAGACACAACACAUGCACACGCAGACGGCUCCUGUUAGCAAACACACGCAUGCGCAGGCGGCUUAUGGGCGGAGAGAGAAGGGACACGGAUGGGGGGGGAGAGAGAGGCGAGAGAGAUGUGGUGGAGGAGGGAGAGGCGGGAGGGCAAGGAGGGGAACAGAGACUGUUGCAUGAGGGAGACACGAGCGAGAGCCAUGGUCUUCUUGCUGCUAAUAUGCCCAGUAGGAGGGCACUUGGCGCAUCAGGUGUAUCAGGAGCGUCAGGUGUAUCAUCAGGUGUUUUACCAGGUGCAGCGCCAGAGUGGAUGGACCUGGGAGUGGCUCUGGACGUGGCAGCCCUGCAGCAGUGUGUGGGGCGGGGGCGAGUGCUCACUGUGGACGCAUACCUCAGAGGCGAGGGGGUUGGGAGCGCCAGUGACAGCAACAGUGCUACUGGUGGUGCCAGUGGUAGUGGUGGUAACACUAACAAUGGUGACACUAACGGUGCUGCUGCUGCUGCUGCUGCUGCUAGUGAAGCCAAUAUAAACGACCCAGCACAUCUUGCCCGAAUCUGUGCCGCAGCCCCCAUACCUGCCGCCUCUGUGUCUCUCCGCCAGUUCCUCUCCUUCUUUGGCCCUCGCACGGAACAAGUCAUUGGGCUGGGAGACUUGUUUGAGAUCACAGGGAAGGUGGAUGUGGGGGAGGAGGGGGAGGUGGGUGUGGGAGAGGUGGAUGUGGGGGAGGUGGAUGUGGGGGAGGUGGAUGUGGGGGAGGUGGAUGUGGGGGAGGUGACGGAGGAAGCCGGGAAGAUGGGGGAGAUGGGGGGGGAGAUGGGGAAGAUGGGGAAGGAGAUGGGGGAGGUGGGAAAGAUGGGGAAGGAGAUGGGGGAGGUGGGAAAGAUGGGGGAAGAUCUGAGGGGAGUGGACAGAUUGCGUGCAGAUUUGUUGAUCGAAGGUCACGCGAGUUCAGACGGUCUGCCUGGUCUCUACGAUGGUCUCAACGGUGCCGUCCCCAUCCUGCCGCCCUGCCGCCUCGCCAUGCGUCCGCACCCCGCCGCCCUCUCCGCCGCCCACGCGUUCGCGCGGCGUGUGCUCGGCACACGCUUCGCCGCCCUGCAUCUGCGAAGGACGGAUUUUGCGACGCACUGCUUGAAGCCGGGGUUCCGGUGCUGGUUACCGCUGUCUCAGAUCGCUGGAUGCGUGGCUGAUCGGAUCAAUGCCCUCAAUGCUGCUGCUGGUGCUGCUGGAGGGAAGGAGGGGGUAGGGCCAGGUGGGAUGGAGCAGCAGCAGCAACAACAACAACAUCAGCAGCACGACCAGCCCGUGCGGACACUCUUCGUCGCCACAGACACCACCGACCAGGAGCUCCGCUGGUUCGCCCAGAUGCUCAAAUCCCUAGUGUGGGGCGAGAUAGCCGUUAUCCAGUACCCUCGUGUCAAGUCAGCGGUGCCAGGAGCAGCAGAGCUGCAGGCAGCGGGCAUGAUAGGCCACAGCAGCACGAGGAGCACGGUGGAGAAGAUGGUGUGUGUGCAUGCUCUCGUGUUCUGGGGCACCCCGCGGUCGACAUUCAGCAAGGAUGUGAUGCGCAUGAGGGGGGCGCUGGGGGUGGCGCAUUGCGGGGAUGACUGGGUGUGUGGGGGGGAGGAGCCGGAGGAUGUGGGGGUGAGGGAAAUCAGCAAGAGGAUGAAUGCAUGA